AUGGCGGAUCAAAGUUUCACAUUAUUUAUCAUUUUGGCUAUUGCCGGUUAUAUUGCUGUGAAAUGGUUUUUGAGCAAUAACGAACAACAUCCAUCCAUCCAAAUCAAUGGUUUUUCUUCGCAAUCAGACUCUGCCACGGCUUCAGGUACCGCCGCGUCAAGUAAUGCCGCUUCAAGACAGACUAGAAGGCGUAUUCGUCGUAGAGUCAACGAUGAUAUGAUCGAAGUGGUACAAUCCUUGGCUCCACAUCUACAUCCAGAACAGAUCAGAUACGACUUGGAACAAACCGGAUCAGUUGAAACUACUGUAGAAAGAUAUCUCUCGGGUAGAGAUAUGCCAUUCCCACCAGAUUACGUCCCAGAAUCUGAAACAGGUGGCAAUUCUUCCAAUGGUCAAAAUCAAUCGACCGGAAGCUCUGUAACUACAGGAAACAAUACAAACAACAAUAGCACAUCUACAGAUCCACGGAAAAGAUCCAACAUUAAAGCUGACAAUCUGCUAAAAAAAUUCAACGUGGAUCCACAAGAAGAUCUUUCAAACUUGAAUCCCAACGAUCUUUCCAUAGAAGAAAGAAAGAGAUUAAUGGUAUGGCAGGCAAGAAAGAGUAUGGAACUAAAGGUGGAAAACAGUGAAUACCUACAGUCUCUACUGAAAUGA